AUGCGCACCCACGCGCUGUCCCUCGCCACGGUGGCGGCAGCCGGCCUCUGCGCCGCCGCCCGGCAGGCGUCCAACUACAACGUCACGGCGUCCGAGGCGCAGGCGCACGACUGCGGGCGCGAGUGCCAGCGGAUCCUCGGCCUGACGAACGCGGCGGACCUGGACGUCGUGGGGCGCGACUUUGACUUUGGCUUUUACGAGACGGCGGGCAACUUUUCGAGAAGCGGCAGCAGGCCCGGCGACGUGCUCAAGGUGCAGCCCAUGGACCCGGAGGCGCGGACGUUUCGGGCGGGCACGGCGGCGUUCAAGUUCCAGUACGUGACGGUGGAUCUGGACGGCGGGCUGGUGCCGGCGACGGGGUUUAUUGCGUUUCCGUACUCGCCUGGCAUGGGGGGUGCUCGUGGCGCCGCGACGGCCGAUGACGACGAUGACGAUGAGAAGAGGAGGAGGAAGCAGCAGCAGCAGCGCAACAACAACACCACCACCAACAACAACACCCCGUACAAGCUCGUCGCGUGGGCGCACGGCACCAUCGGCCUCUACGCCGGGUGCGCGCCGUCCAACGGGCCCAACAUGUUCGACUACACGAGCUGGCAGCCCCUGACGGCGCGCGGGUACGCCGUCGUGGGCACCGACUACGCUGGGCUGGGCAACAACGCGACGGCGCACAAGUACUGCAGCUUCGACGCGCACGCCACCGACGUCUACUACAGCGUCGUCGCCGCGCGAAAGCUCUUCGGAGGCGGCGGCGGGGCGCUGCUGAGCCGCGAGUGGCUCUCCGUCGGGCACUCCCAGGGCGGCGGCACCGCGUGGAAGCUGGCCGAGAGCGAGCUCGUGCGCCAUGAUGAGGGUUAUUUGGGUAGUGUGGCGCUCUCGCCCGCCACGUACGUCGUCGACAUGUUUCUCGGCGGCUUGACCAAGGGGGGAGCAGGAAAUAGCAGCAACAGCAACAACACUGGUGGUGGUGGUGGUGAUGGCGGGAGCGGCAUCGACCGCAACGUCAUCAAGUAUCCCGGCUACCUGCCCUACCUGCCCCUGGCCGUGGAGCGCGCCAACCCAGCCUUCCGCUCGACGCUGCUGUCGGCGACGAUGCGACGGCGCGUGCAGCUCGCCGAGGCCAAGCAGAUGUGCUCCAACGCCCUCAUGGGCCUGACGUUUGACCUCUUCGCCAACGACGGCCCGCUCGUCAACACCACGGGCGGGAUCGCGCACGACGCGCCCUACAUGCUCGACUGGCAGGCCCGGCACGCGCCCGCCCUGCCCGGCGCGCGCAGCCCGGCGCCCGUGCUCGUCGUCCAGGGGCUCGCCGACACGUCGGUGCUGGCGCCCACGACGGAGCGCGCCUGGAACGCGAGCUGCGCGGCGGGCAACGCCGUCCACCUGCGCCUGUACCCGGGCGUCGAGCACAGCCCGCUGCCGGCGGCGGCCGAGGCCGAGUGGAUGGGCUGGAUCGACUGGCGCUUCGCCGGCGGGCGGUAUGCUCAUGAGACGAAGGAGGGUGACGGCGGCGAAGGCGGCGGCGGCGGUAAUGGCAACCUGUGCUCGCGCGUGACGAGGCGCGCGCCGUUUGGCGGCCGGUGGACCAAGACGCCGCCCGAGUUUAGGCUCCCCAAGUUCCUGGGCGGCGGCGGCGGCGGCGACAACAAGACGGCUGGUGAGCUGUGA